UAAACAAAAAGACAUAUUCCAUAAAUUACUUUAUAUUAAACUCUAUUGGCCGAUUUCACCAACGUGUCUUAAAAUUUAGGAGUUUCUUAAUUCAAGUUAAGAACUGCCCAAAUCCAUUUUCGGUUUCACCAGUUGCUAAGUAUUUCCUAAAGUGAGAUAAGUAUUACCUAAGAUAGGUAUUGGUUAAACAGCGUUCUAAGCCGGUUAGGAAGUUCUUAGCCCGUUUGACAUUUGUCAUAAGUGACGUUAUAUUCCUAGCGAAUAUAGCAGCUAUAUGGAAGUGAUUGAAUUUAUCGAAGAUUUGGACCAUUAUGACGAUGAUGAUGAACAUAUACGACGUCCUCGUGUUCUGAGAGAUCGUACCGAUUAUUUCGAGCAGUACGACGAAAUGGAUUUUUUCCGUAGAUUUCGCAUGAAUAAAAACACUGCACUGAUCGUCUUAGAUCAAAUUGAACAUCAGCUGGCAUAUGCAGAUUACAGGAUCAAUUGAUUGUACACACAUAAAGAUACAGUCACCAGGUGGAGAUGAUGCAGAAGUGUUCAGAAAUAGAAAAGGUUAUUUUUCAUUGAAUGUACAAACUGUCUCUGAUGCAAAAUUAAAGAUAUUAAACAUUGUGUGUCGUUGGCCAGGAUCUACACAUGAUUCUGCUAUUUUUCAAAAUAGCAGACUAUGCUAUCAAUUUGAGACAGGAGUGCAUGCUGCAGGAUUACUUUUGGGAGAUAAUGGAUAUCCUUUAAAAAAUUAUCUGAUGACACCCUUUUUAAGCCCACAAACUAUCGGCCAGCAAAAUUAUAAUAGGGCACAUAUUGCAACAAGAAAUACAGUGGAACGACAAUAUGGAGUGCUAAAACGAAGAUUUCCUGUAUUGGCUACCGGAUUAAGAUUAAAAUUAGAAAAUUCUAUAAAUGUAAUAUUGGCAUGCUCUGUAUUACACAACAUUUGCAUAGAUAAAAAUGAAGAUGUCCCACCAGUAGAAGUAGAGAAUAUUGAAAAUGAUAUACAAAAUGACCAAAUGGAAAGAAAUAUUCAAAAUGGACAAAAUAAUUUAAGUCGAGAUAUACUUGUAGCUAGACAUUUUCAAUAAAAAAUUAAGAACUUCCUCACCUUUAAUUUUUUUAAUUAUAAGAUCCCUUAUUUCAAUAUCUUUAUCUAGUUUUCUUUUUUUGAGCUCGUGAAGUUCCAUUUCCCUUCUCAUUUCUGCAUCUAUU